AUCUAAUUAGUAAAUUACAUAAUCUACACACAGUCUAAUAAUAAAUUAAUCAGCUCAAGUCUGUACAAAUGUGGUUUGCCAUUAAGUACAUUCUUUUAAUUUUUAUAAUCGAUUUUUGUUGUUCUAAGCCGAAACAUAAAGCAUGGGUGAGUUAUUAUUCCAAAACAAAAGAGCAAUUGAAAACAGGUAGCAGUCCAGCUAAUAUAGUGGAUCAUCCGUAUCAAAUACUACUGCUGAUAGAUGGCCAACCGAAAUGUGGAGGAUCUAUAAUAAAGAGCAAUUUUAUUUUAACAGCAGCACAUUGUAUAUUCAAUAUUUACCCUGAUCAGUUAUUAAUAAAAGCGGGUAUCACUGAUCGAACAGCAAAUGGCGGACAAACCGAAGCAGUUAGAAGAAUUAUUUAUCCAGAAAAUGAGUUUAUCUAUGACACAUUUGAUUCCGACAUUGCAAUUUUAGAGUUAUUUAACCACUUGGAUUUUAAUGAAAAAGUCUCACCCAUAAAACUACCUAGACCUGGUGAAGAAAUCACGCAAACCGAAAUGUCAACAGCAACAGGUUGGGGAAUGACCGACCCUCAUGACGAUACACUUCCGACAAUUUUACAAGUUGUAAAGCUGCCUCUAAUAGGAACUGCUGCUUGCAGAAGAUACUAUGGAAAUUACAUAACAGAUACAAUGUUCUGUGCUGGAUAUGAGGAAGGUGGAAAAGAUACUUGUUCGGGGGACUCUGGUGGACCAUUGGUAGACACUGAUGGCGUUCUGAUUGGAAUUACAUCGUGGGGAGGUGACAUUUGUGCCUCUAUUGGAAAGCCGGCAGUAUUCACCAAGGUGUCUUAUUUUACAAAAUACAUAAUAGAUAUAAUUAACGACAAAUCACAAUGA